AUGCCAGGCGGUGUAUGUGCGGUCCUCGACUAUGAGGUCGAGAUGAUGGCCGAAUAUGUUGCUGACAUGGCGAUGCGAGUUGUCAUGCCCAAUGCUUCCGUUACCGGUGCUUUCCGCAAAUUUGUGACGCAGGUUUUGACCUCGACGCGCUUGCCCAGCACCACGAUUCUGCUUGGUCUCAACUACCUCGCGAAGCGCGUUAAUGGCUUGAAUGCCGCAGGUGGUUUCAAGACCAACGAGGGACAGGUAUGGCGCAUGCUCACCGUGUCCCUGUUGCUCGGAAGCAAGUUCCUCGACGACAAUACUUUCCAGAAUCGAUCAUGGUCGGAGGUCAGCGGGAUUGCUGUGCAGGAACUGAACACCAUGGAGAACGAGUGGCUUCGUUCCAUUGACUGGUCACUCUACGUUAAUCUCGACAAGAGCGGCGAUUACAACGCGUGGCUGCAGAACUGGAAGGAAUGGGCGGCCAGCAAGAAGCAAUUCCAAAAGCAGCAAGCUGCUGCCGCUCGCGAGAGACUGGCCCCGUUGGUCACAUCAAUCCGAAACAACUCUCAGCACCACCCACUGUCGUAUGAGGGAUGGACCCCAGAGGAGAUCUCGGACUACGAACGUGCGCGUCUCGCUCGUGCUUCCUCCAAGUCAUUCCGCCCUCGGGAGAACUCGUGGGCAAAUGCUCAAUACCAAAACGCGUGGUCUAACACUCCCGUGACGCCCCCCGACUCUGGUUAUGGUACACCCGAGUAUCUCAAUUCGGCAACAUCCCUCAACAGCCGCUACAAUGACUGGUUCAACUCUGCAAUCCCAAACACUGGAUACAGGGGGUACCAGACUGGCGCUCCGGUGCUUCACUCCAACUACGGCAGACAUGGCUGUCACUACCAACACCAGCAUCACUACGGCCAUUAUGGUCACCAGGGGAUCUGGGACGCGAAUGUUGCUGAAUGCAACUGUUCGCAAUGUAUGGCGACUCUGCAUAAGCCCACUCACUACUUCCAACACCACACUUAUGGCCAGACGGUCAUGGGUUGA